UCAGGCACGCCCUCGCGUACUCCAACCAUCCCAUAAAACACCGGGAACUCCAAGAUGUCGACUCAGGAGGCAAUGGAGUCGAAGGACGAGGUCAUGAUGGAUGCGCAGCUCGCCCCGGUCGCAGAGGACGCAGACGAAUGGACCGCAGACGAGGAGAUCGAGCUCCUGCGGCAGGUAUGCCGGUACAGACCGGCAUACACAAACAUUUCCGCAUGGUUUCCAUCGCAAAGAACCUCAACGGUACCUCCGCAGACCCAAAAUACCCAAUAAAGCGGAUAUGGGCGAAACUCGCAACACUCUACGACCUCCAAAAGUUAGACGAGUUGGAUGCUGCGAAUCCCGAUACACCAGACGCUUCAGUCCCAACGACGCCUGCGACCAACGCACCUGAUGUUAUCCCAGAUACGCCAUACACAGAGUUCACCCUUCCAGUAGUGCAAUACGGUGACCUCAUGUUACGACAUGCCAAGGGUCAAGACGAUGACGGUAUGUCACUCGCGACUUCGCCAGCACAACUAUCAAACUACACGUUCACCAGCAAAGGACGGAAACGAGGUGGAUCUGUUGGUACUGGGACAGUCGCGAGCGAGGAUGAGGAGGAAGAGACAGAAGGCGAGGAAGAAGAGGAGGAGGAGGAGGAGGGGAGCGCAACGACAAGUCCAGCAAGGAAACGUGGAAGAGGUCGAGGCGGUGCACGAGGUGGACGCGGACGGAGAAAGACGUUGGGAACAGAAGAUGACGCACCAGAAGACACCCCAACAAAGCCAACACGAGGAAGAGGCCGUGGACGGGGCGGCAGAGGACGGACAGCAGCAGCAGCAGCAGGCACAAGAUCAUCAACGCGAAGCACAAAGAAAUAAGGAAGGCGCCGGAAGGAUGACACAUAUGCAUAUCGAUAUCACGGAUAACAAACGAUAUUAUACCACUCUUCUAGCGUAGCUCAUAACACGGCCUAUCUCUC